CAAAAAAAAAGGACGGGACUUUUGGGGGGCCUCUUCGUGGCGGCCAUUUUAGCUUCUCUGAGGUGUGUUCACCGGAUCAGAGAUAGCAGAGCGCCGAGUUGGGGCCACGAAGGCGUGAGGGGAGUCGUCGUCCCUGCUGCACGAAAGCGUCUAAGCCUUGGCGACGCCGCCCUGGGGGACCCACGUCAGGCCUGGGAUAGGGACCGCUGUCCCCGGGUCCCUACCAAUGUCGCCCGUCGCUCCCGACCCAGCUCUACCCGCAGAGUCUGAUGGCAGCGGCCACUUUGAGGACGCCAGCUCAGGGCACUGUGACCUUUGAAGAUGUGGCCGUACACUUCUCCUGGGAGGAAUGGGGUCUCCUUGAUGAGGCUCAAAGAUGCCUGUACCGUGAUGUGAUGCUGGAGAACUUGGCUCUUUUAACCUCUCUAGAUGUUCAUCACCAGAAGCAGCACCUUGGAGAAAAACAUUUCAGAAGCAAUGUGGGCAGAGCCUUGUUUGUGAAGACCUGCACAUUCCAUGUGUCAGGGGAGCCUUCCACCUGCAGAGAAGUUGGGAAGGACUUCCUGGCCAAGUUGGGAUUUCUCCAUCAACAGGCUGCUCACACUGGGGAGCAAUCAAAUAGCAAAAGCGACGGUGGGGCCGUCAGUCACAGAGGAAAAACUCAUUACAACUGUGGAGAACACACAAAAGCAUUCGGCGGUAAACACACACUUGUUCAGCAGCAGAGAACCCUCACUACAGAAAGAUGUUACAUAUGCAGUGAAUGUGGGAAAUCCUUUAGCAAAAGCUACAGUCUCAAUGACCAUUGGAGAGUUCACACUGGAGAAAAGCCUUAUGAAUGUCGAGAGUGUGGGAAGUCCUUUAGGCAAAGCUCUAGUCUCAUUCAGCACCGGAGAGUUCACACUGCAGUACGACCUCAUGAAUGUGAUGAAUGUGGAAAAUUAUUUAGCAACAAGUCUAACCUCAUUAAACAUCGGAGAGUUCACACUGGGGAAAGGCCAUAUGAGUGCAGUGAAUGUGGGAAAUCCUUUAGCCAAAGGUCUGCACUCCUUCAACAUCGGGGAGUUCACACUGGGGAGAGGCCUUAUGAGUGCAGUGAAUGUGGGAAGUUUUUUACAUAUCAUUCCAGUCUCAUAAAACACCAGAAAGUUCACAGUGGAUCCAGGCCUUAUGAGUGCAGCGAAUGUGGGAAGUCAUUUAGCCAAAACUCUAGCCUCAUUGAACACCAUAGGGUUCACACUGGAGAAAGGCCUUAUAAGUGCAGCGAAUGUGGGAAAUCCUUUAGCCAAAGGUCUGCACUCCUUCAACAUCGGGGAGUUCACACUGGGGAGAGGCCUUAUGAGUGCAGUGAAUGUGGGAAGUUCUUUCCCUACAGCUCCAGUCUCCGAAAACAUCAGAGAGUUCACACUGGAUCAAGACCCUAUGAGUGCAGUGAAUGUGGGAAAUCCUUUACUCAAAAUUCCGGCCUCAUUAAGCACAGGAGGGUUCACACUGGGGAGAAGCCUUAUGAGUGCACGGAAUGUGGGAAAUCCUUUAGCCAUAACUCCAGCCUUAUUAAACAUCAGAGAAUUCAUAGUCGAUAAAAGCCUUAUGAGUGGCAAAUGUGGAAAAUCUGUUAGCACCCUGGAGAAAGUCCUUGAGUACACAGUGAAUGUCAGAAAGCUUCAGCUGAAGGCCAUAUCUCAUUGAGUGCCACACAGUUCACAAGGGAAAGACACUUUUGAUAUGUAGGGAUGUCCAGUUGAUAUAACAGCUCUGAAGGAGAUCCCUUAUGAGGGUGGCAUCAGCCUGAAUUGAACAUCCUAUAUCUGAACAUCUGCAUAAAUUCCAGGUAUGUGUGAACUGCAUUGCACCUUUUGCCCUGCCCAGGGCCCAUGUCAGAUUUAUGUCUCUGCUGAUACUAUAGUGGAAGCCAUUUUACCUCUACUGCCUGGCAGGUGACCACCAGUGUGCACCACUCACCCAUCCCAGUGUAUUCAGGUAAGUGAACCUUGGUGUUCUGUUCAUGGGAGGAAUUUGUAAAUAGCCUAAGCAUGUAUUCCUUUUUUUUUUUUUCCUUUCUGAUGAGUUAGGCCAUGGACCUGACCCAGUUUGGCCCAGAGGACUCUGCUGGUGACCUGAAAAGAGGGACUACAUAUUUCAGGAUAUUGUUGGUCUCACAUGACUCUUGAUAGAGUUUGCCAGCCUUCAAAUCACCAACUGUGGGAACCACCUGCCUCUUAUUGCCUUGGUUUGUAUAAUAACAAAGGCCUUAUUAAUCUUGGGGGUUCUAUAUGUAUGGGUUGGUUUGAAAACAGUUGGGUUCUGCUAACAUGAAGGGGUGAAUAACUUUUUUUGGAGAUCCCAAACAUUGUGUAGCUCAACAGGGACAGGGACAGGGACAGUAGGAUGGCAGAAUAUAGCUCUCUCUCUAGUUUGAGCCUAGUUUUCAUUGCUAUUCAAGGCCUCUGAGAAAAAACUACAGGGUAUUGUCCUAAUUUAUAUCCUGGAUGCCAUAGAGGUCAGCCUGAGGAGGCAGCAGUUACUUGACAUCCUUUGGUGCUUCUGAAAGCAACAUGAAAUUGUUCUCUUGUUCACAAGGAAUACUGCAUCGUGUUCAGUGCCAGUGGGGGAAAUCUGUUCCCCAGAUCCUGUAUGCCUUGAUAUCCUGAAUUCCACAGGGUAGCACCACAGGUGGUAAGAUUAUAGUAGGAAUUAUAAUUGUUAUAGAAGUACUGGAUUGAUAGAGAGUGGAAAACUGCAAUAACACUGCAAUAAAUAGAAUGUGCCCCUUUUACAGAGGUUUCCAUGAUGUUCGUUAUUAUGGCUCUUAAGGAUGAGCAGGUACAGAAAUCCUCAGGACCUACAGAAUUGUGUAUCUUGUGUAGCUGAGGUCAUUGUCAGAAAUUUUAUGGAAUCCUGUAGCCUCUGGGAUUUUCACCUCAAGGUCAUUGCUAUGCAGGCAGGAAAACAAGGAUAGAGAAGGGAGGUCUAGGUCAUUGAUACAGCCUUUGUGAUCCAGCCAACAUUUCUGUUGAGUCAGGUGGAAAUGGCCUUCACUGUUCACUUGUAUUUGCGAUCACUGAGGCAAAAUCCUCUCCCAGGACAUGAGGAGAGAGAUGGUGGAAUCAACAUAGGGUUGUCAAACCUGAUUUUCCAAAAACAAUAGGAAAUUCAGACUUUUAUUUUGAACCAUAUUUUGUUAGGUUGGUGCAAAAGUAACUGUGGUUUUGAACCAUGAUUUAUUUUUAUUUUUAUUUUUUUUUGAGUCAGAGUCUUGCUCUGUCGCCCAGUCUGGAGGGCAAUGGCACUAUCUCGCUAAUUGCAACCUCCGCCUCCCAGGUUCAAGCGAUUCUUCUGCCUCAGCCUCCCAAGUAGCUGGGAUUACAGGCACCCGCCACCACGCCCGUCUGAGUUUUGCAUUUUUAGUAGACAUGGGGUUUCACCAUGUUGGCCAGGCUGGUCUCGAACUCCUGACUUCAUGUGAUCCACCCACCUUGGCCUCCCAAAGUGCUGGGAUUUACAGGCGUGAGCCACUGCGCCCAGCCAAGCUUUUUCACCAUUCCAAUUUCCUUCAAAUGCUGAACCGUGGAAUGGUUGACAUUGAGUUCUUAGGCAACUUCUCAUGUAGUUGUAAGAGGAUCAGCUUCUGAUAUUGCUCUCAAUUGGUCAUUGUCAACUUCCAGUGGUUGGCCACUACACUCCUUCUCUUCAAGGCUCUUGUCUCCUUUGCAAAACUUCUUGAACCACCACUGCACUGUACAUUCGUUAGCAGUUCCUGGGCCAAAUGUGUUUAUAUUGUGAGUUGUCUCUGCUGCUUUACGACCCAUUGUGAACUCAAGUAAGAAAAUCUCAGCCGGGCGCGGUGGCUCACGCCUGUAAUCCCAGCACUUUGGGAGGCUGAAGUAGGUGGAUCACAAGGUCAGGAGUUAGAGACCAGCCUGACCAACAUAUUGAAACCUCAUCUCUACUAAAAAUACAGAAAUUAGCCGGGCGUGGUGGCAUGUGCCUGUAGUCCCAGCUACUUGGGAGGCUGAGGCAGGAGAAUCACUUGAACCCGGGAGGCAGAAGUCACAGUGAGCCAAGAUCACGCCACUGCACUCCAGCCUGGAUGACAGACAAAACAAGACUCCGUCUCAAAAAAAAGAGGCCAGAUGCGGUGGCUUACACCUGUAAUCCCAGCACUUUGGGAGGCCGAGCUGUGUUCAAUUACAAAAAAAGAUGGAAAAGACUGUUAUGAAGCCAGAUGAACCUUUCUCCAGUCUUCCUUCACUAUUUUUUUUUCCUUCACCAUUUAUCAUUUCAUAGUCAUUUAUGUUUCAUCGGUCCUCAUGUGUACUAGUGGGUUAUUUUACUUAUAAUCCUGGACAUCAUAUUAUUUAAUGCAUAGCCUCUUCAGAAUGCAAUUUUAAAAUGUAAAGGCUCUUUUAUAACCCCCCAAAAAAUCACACAAAUAUAUUUUAAAAUGUAAA